UAUAAGUAUUCUCGUACAGUAUAUUUGUAUUAAUUAAUUCGGCCAGCCGCCGGCGGGACUGACUGCAAGAGCAUUGGACUGUCCACUGAUCGUCGCCUUCCUUUUCACUUAUUUCCGCAGCCGCCAAUUAGGUCCACUUGAGGAUAGCCGUACAAUAAUUGGUACAAAUGGCAGUCGUCGCUUCUGCUCCGGGGAAGGUUUUAAUCACCGGGGGAUACCUAAUCUUGGAGAGGCCAAAUGCUGGGAUUGUAUUGAGCACAAAUGCUCGGUUCUAUGCAAUAGUGAAGCCACUUCAUGAUGAAAUCAAAUCUGAAAGUUGGUCAUGGGCAUGGACGGAUGUGAAGCUGACUUCUCCUCAGAUGGCAAGAGAAACCAUGUACAAGUUGUCACUUAAGGAUUUUCAGCUGCAGUGUACAUCUUCGAGCGGGUCAAGAAACCCAUUUGUAGAACAUGCAUUACAAUACGCCGUAGCAGCUGCAGAAACUAGAUUGGACAAAACUAAGAUGGAUGACCUACAAAAACUUCUGUUGCUGGGCCUGGACAUAACUAUAUUGGGCUGUAAUGAAUUUUACUCAUACCGUAACCUGAUUGAAGAACGUGCCCUGCCUUUGACUCCAGAAUCAUUGGCUUCCCUUCCACCAUUUUCUCCUAUUACCUUCAACACAGAAGAGUCAAGUGGACAGGAAAGCAAACCUGAAGUUGCUAAAACUGGACUAGGCUCAUCAGCGGCCAUGACAACUGCAGUUGUCGCAGCGCUACUUCAUUACCUUGGAGUGGUCAUUCUUCCAUCAGAAUCUGAAGACCCUCUUCAAUGGAAUGAAUUUUCCAGUGACCUCGACGUUGCCCAUAUUAUUGCUCAAACUGCUCAUUGUAUAGCCCAGGGUAAAAUUGGAAGUGGUUUUGAUGUGAGUUCUGCUGUAUAUGGCAGUCAACGGUAUGUCAGAUUUUCACCAGAAGUACUUUCUUCUGCUCAGGAACAUAAUGUGUCAAUAAAAGAAGCCAUAGGAGAUGUGCUAAAUGCCAACUGGGACCAUGAGAGGACAAAAUUUUCGCUGCCUCCAAUGAUGACAUUAUUGCUUGGAGAGCCUGGGACGGGUGGAUCGUCAACAGUCUCAAUGGUUGGUGCUGUAAAAAAAUGGCAAAAGUCUGAUCCUCAAAACUCUUUGGAAACAUGGAAGAAGUUGUCGGAAGCAAAUUCCACCCUGGAAAUGCACCUGAAUGCCUUAUGCAGAUUAGCAAAAACAAAUAAUGAUGCAUAUGAAAACGCAAUCAACAUUUGCAGCAAGCUUAUAUCAGAGAAGUGGACAGAGAGAGCUGCAGACCCAACCCAAAUAGAAGUAAUUAAAGAGCUUGUAGGAGCUAGAGAUGCCAUGCUUGCUAUCAGGAGUAACAUGCGUAAAAUGGGUGUGGCUGCCGGAAUUCCCAUUGAGCCCGAGUCACAGUCCCAACUGCUAGACACCACAAUGAACACAGAAGGGGUUCUGUUGGCUGGUGUCCCGGGUGCAGGUGGGUUCGAUGCAGUAUUUGCUGUCACCUUGGGUGACUCCAGCAGCAAAGUGAUCGAAAUCUGGAGUUCACUCAAUGUUCUUGCCUUGCUAGUGAGAGAAGAUCCUCGUGGUGUUUGCUUGGAGAGCAAUGAUCCGCGAACUACAGCAAUUACUGGUGCUAUUUCUUCGGUUCCCAUCUGAGUGGCCUCAACAGAUCAAAACCAUUAUACACCAAAUCAUAACAGCUAAAAAUCAGGUAACGAUCUUUAGCUAAUUACUGGUUCUUAAUAUAUGGCAUGCUUAAGUGAGAUUCUUGCUAUGAAAUUAUAAGCUUGUGUGGUAGAAUUUCUUAUUUGUGUGUUUCAUUAUUAUUGGAUUUUCUUAAUAAGCCUGUUUAGAUAAUGUUUUGGGGAGCUUUUGGAGCAUGAUUUGAAGAUUCUUGGUUAUUCUGCUGUACGGAUUUUCAAUGUUUUCCUGAGUUUGCCAUUAUUACUAUAUUUUUGUGUUUA